CAGGGCUGGGGGCGGCGCCCGGCUGAGGCGGCGGUGGAGGUGGCGGCGCGGGGCGGCCAUGAAGGCGGGAGCUACUUCCAUGUGGGCUUCCUGCUGUGGAUUGCUGAAUGAAGUCAUGGGUACUGGAGCUGUCCGUGGCCAACAGUCUGGCUUUGCGGGAGGCACUGGCCCCUUCAGGUUUGCAGCAAAUACAGACUUCUCAGCGUACCCCUCUCCAGCUGCAGCAGGUGCUAACAUAGUUUGCAAAGCCUGUGGACUUUCCUUUUCAGUUUUUAGGAAAAAACACGUGUGUUGUGACUGCAAGAAGGAUUUUUGCUCGGUUUGUUCAGUCUCACAAGAGAAUCUCAGAAGGUGUUCUACUUGUCACUUGCUGCAAGAAACAGCGUUUCAGCGACCUCAGUUAAUGCGACUCAAAGUAAAGGAUCUGCGUCAGUACCUUAUUCUCAGAAACAUACCCACAGACACGUGCAGAGAGAAAGAAGACUUGGUGGAUCUUGUGCUGUGCCAUCAUGGGUUAGGUCCUGAGGAGGAUACGGACGCUGGUAGCUUGCGCUCGUCACGGUCACAGACUUCUGGGUUUUUUACUCAUCCAUUUUCUAUGUCUGUAUCGGUGUCAUCGCAAGGAGAACUUGCAAACAGAAGGGGAAGCGCAGGAAAUGGAACACCUUUACGGGGACAAACUGAAACAUCUUCUAUAAAUAACGAAGAAGAAGAAAGUGCUGAGGAGCAGACUCCUGGGUUGUCCAGAAAACAAGCAAGGGCGUCUUUGUCUGAUAUUUCAAGUCUGGAAGACAUUGAAGGCUUGACUGUUCGGCAGUUGAAGGAAAUACUCGCAUGUAACUUUGUCAACUACUCAGGAUGCUGUGAGAAAUGGGAACUUGUGGAAAAAGUGAGCAGGCUAUACAGAGAGAGCGAGGAAAACCACAAGACGCAGGGUGAGAAGAUGCAGCUGAACGAUAACGAUGACAACCUGUGCCGGAUCUGCAUGGAUGCAGUGAUCGACUGCGUCCUGCUGGAGUGUGGCCACAUGGUCACGUGCACAAAGUGCGGCAAGAGAAUGAGCGAGUGCCCCAUCUGCCGACAGUACGUUGUGCGGGCUGUGCAUGUGUUCAAAUCGUAAAUGAAGACCAAAAGUGGAUGGUAUGGUCAUCCCACCAGGAUUUCUGGGGGCAGGAGUGCUGACCCUUGGGGUGUACAUCAGCUUUUUAGUUCUCAAAAUAACCACAGCAAUCUGAACAUCAGGAUACAGAAGUUUAUGAACCACUUUUCUACAGCAUACUGAGUCAUGGUUGGGCAGGACCAGCCGCUGCCUGUGUGUACAGUAAUAGAGCUGCCUGACUUACCUUCUAAACCCACAAACUGUCCGAGUCAAACUGUUUACAGCAGUUCUUGCUCUCUUCUGAAGAAUACCACCCUUAGUUAUCGCAUUCAGUACUCAGCAAGUGGUCGCAGAAAACAACUUUGCUUGACCAAAUUAAUGUUAGGUUGUCUAGUCUGUUAAAAGCAACAACUUUAUCAGUUGAAUAUUCAGCUCUUAUGUAAUUAAAUAUAGAAUGUAACUGUUCUGGCACUGUUCCUGCAACAGUGGUAACAGUAUAAAGACUGCAGAAAGCACUGCCAUUAACCGUACCUGCACAGAAGUCCUUAAGCAAUCUAUUUUCUGGUGAUUGCUUCGCUCAGAAUGUCUGACAUGACCAGCGUAUUGUCUUGGCCAUUCUUUGUAAGUGUGCAAAAAGCUGUCAUUAUGUAGGGUUCUAUCAUGUGGUGUCCAAAUACUAAGGUUUUUUUUUGUUUGUUUUUAGUUUAGGAAUAAAGUAUUUUUUUAAAAAGGGGGUAGAGUAAACCAUAUUCUCGUGGUUCUUAAUCCAUUCAUGCCUAUUGUAACUAUUCACUUACAGGUGAUGAUUGUAUUUCAUGUGCCGACAAGCUGAUACUACUGUGAAUACUAAUCAGGGUCAUGAAACUACUUGCUGCUAACAUGUGGAAUGUAUGGUAUUACUAACCUUAAACGGGAAGGGUUUUAUUAAGGAUGGGGGUAGGAAGCCUGAUGUUUAAAACCUCACACUCAUGGACUUUAACCAAGGCUGAGGCACCAUUAACCACGCUUCUGAUCAGCUGCUGCCUGACCUGCGUUGCUGUCAGCCCUUGGCCCAGGUUCUAGCAGGGCUCCGUGCCAUCGCGGUGGGGUAAGUGUGCUCUUGGAGCAAACAUUUAACGGUGCCUGUGGGAUAUCUGUGACAGCCUUCUUAGGGAAAAUAGCUGCAGAAAUCACUUGAAUUGUGGGGACAGGAUACCUAAGCAUGGCCAUGCUGGCACUUAACAGAGUAAGUUCAUGGUCCAAAAAGCUGAGGAAAGAACCUAAAGCCACAGUUUUGUCUUUAAAUUUCCCCCAUGCUAGCAAAGUAACGGAUACAAAGAUGUUUUGCCAUGGAUAUAGUAUCUGAUAAUUCUUACCUCUACUACCUUGCCUGUCAUUCUUGCUCUAGUCUUUUAUGUGGCUGGCUUGAAAAAGUGAAAGUAGCUCCUCAAAAUAUGCAGCUUAAAGACACUGCUGGUUAUUUUUCAGAAGGGAGCAAACCUCUCAAUGGCUUUAUUUUUUAGAAGGAACUUUUUAAUGAUACUUAAUUCCUGGAGUCUCUGUUCAAUGGGUAAGCUAAUAAAGACAGACUUACUAUAUAUGUUACUUCCAUGCUGAUCAUUAGCCACACAAGCUCAAUAAAGAUUUGUGAUGGGCUUUCUCA